GAUCCGCGCCACAGAGGAGACUUAUCGAACUCUGUAUUGCGUUGAACUAUCGAACACCGUAACAUUAUUUGACUGUGUGUCUGUAAGUGUUUCUGUAGGAAAAGAACUGCUGAUAUACUUGGAGUAAUUGUAGCAAUUGAACAAAACGUGCGAGGAAACCACAUUGACUAUUUUUUCUGAAUUUAGCCCCACGAAAUUCGCUCGUCCUCCUGGCCAAAACUACAUGCUCAAUGGUGCUGCCGUUGUCUACGUAAUAAGAGUACAUCGCAUCGCUAGUAUUGUAUAGAAGGUAUUUAAGAGAGUUGGAACGUCUUCUACGGUCGGGGGCUGUGAGUGGUGGUUCCGCACCCUCGUACAGCCAAGUCCCUAUACAGAGUAUAUCUAGCACCUUUCCUGAAGCAAUUAGAUAAACGUGAGAAUGAUCAUUAUUCUAGUUGCCUCGCAAGAAUUCUUGACGAACUAGAAAACAGCGGCGAUUGAAUUCGCAAGAAAAACUUACUGGUGUGGGCGCAACAGUGAAGUGUUCUACCUGACCGCUUAUUGCCAGUGUUAGGCUCUGCAGUGAAGAAUUAAUUUAUAAGUGCACCCUCUCCUAACAGGGAGGCAGCGUGAGGUCGAAUUUCCGAACAAUAAAAAGUAUCGAUAACAAGAGAAGACCCAGUAUACUAACGUUGUUAAAUUCAAUCAUUCCCUUCUCAUCGACGUCCUCCCACUGAGUUCUCGGUGAGAUUCAGACCAGCGCCGCGCAAUGAUGGGUGCUCAUCGUGCUCUUUCGAGCGUCGAGGUGACGGGUCUUGUUUUACGGCUAACCCUCUUUGGUGCAUUGACGUACUUUGGUAUGAAAUGGAUGUUUGACGCGAUUGAUCCAACAAGAAAACAGAAAAUUGAAGCACAGAAGCGGGCCGAGCGAAUAUUGUCUAGAAUUGGAGUCAAGAACGUAUCGUUGACGGAAUACGAGUUGUCGAUUGCUGCACAGCUCGUCGACCCGCGUAACAUAGCAAUUAAUUGGGACUCAAUUGCUGGACUCGAUGACAUCGUUCAGGAAAUACGUGAAACUGUUAUUUUACCAAUCCAGAAGAAAGAGCUGUUUGCUGGGAGUAACUUAAUCGAACCUCCGAAAGGAGUGCUCCUUCACGGCCCACCAGGAUGCGGCAAGACGAUGAUCGCUAAGGCGACCGCUAAAGAGGCUGGGGCGAGGUUCAUCAACCUUGAGGUGGCCAAUCUUACCGACAAAUGGUAUGGCGAAUCCCAGAAACUCGCAGCAGCCGUCUUCACACUUGCGGUCAAAAUUCAACCUUGUAUUAUAUUUAUUGACGAAAUCGAUUCGUUCUUACGGUCAAGAGAAUCUCACGAUCAUGAGGCCACGGCGAUGAUGAAGGCGCAGUUUAUGACUCUUUGGGAUGGCCUAAUUACGGACAGCAAAUGCUUCGUCCUGGUUAUGGGAGCAACAAAUCGUCCUCAAGAUGUAGACCGAGCUAUCCUUCGCCGAAUGCCGGCCAUGUUUCAUGUGGGUCAACCGAAUGUCAAGCAACGCACUAAUAUACUCGAGCUGAUCCUUAAUGGUGAACCGCUGUCUGAAGAAGUGGACGUAAAGUCUCUUGCAAAGCUAACAGAAGGCUUCUCCGGCUCUGAUCUUAAAGAAUUGUGCAGAGGUGCUGCCUUGAAUCGAGUCCGGUACCUGAUGAACGGUUCGACUCCAGUUACAAAUGACAAGGUCAAUGGCGGUAGCGAUGAUGAGAUGUAUCAUGACGCCUUGCCUCCGAUCACACUGGAGAACUUCAUGAACGCGUUGAGGAAAAUGCGUGGCGCGCGUGUGCACACCGAUAUGCCGAUUAUGAACUUUGGAACGAUGUAAAGCAAUAAUUGGAGACGA